AGAGGGUAAGAGGUCAAGCUCUGGAAUCAAACUGCUUCAAUUUAAACUGUGACUGCUACUUCCUCUCCAUGCCUCAGCUCUUCAUCCACAGAAUGAGAAUAAAAAGAAUAGCAACUACCCAAUACGUUUAUUAUGAGGGUUAACAGGUUAGCAGUGCCUGGCACGUAGUAAGUAUUUAUAACCUUUGUUAUUGGUGUCAUUAUUAUUAUUCUCCUCUUGUUUUGUCCAUAGCAUCUCCAUUCUCCAGGUUCUUUAAGCCAGAAAACCUGCAGCUGCCCUCACCCCUGGGAAGGACAGUCGCUGCCCCAUAUCUUGGAAUUUGCCUUCAGAAUAUCUGUUCCUCUUCCCAUGACUAGGCUCAGCUCUUCCUUCUCCCUUAGCUCCCCGGUCCCAUCUGUCACCAGGCUCAGUCAGGACUUCCAGUACACUGUCACACUCAUCUCCACUGUGAUUCUCCAUGACGUCUUCCCACCCCAGCCAUUACUUGCUUCUUAUACACAUUUCUGUGCAGUUUCUCUCCUGCUAUCCUUAAACGCCAUUACACACCUCUCUGUCUUCUUCAGUAGACUGUAAGCUCCUUGAAGAUAGGGACCAGUCUUACUCUUCCUGUACUCUUAGCACCCAGCAAAGAGCCUCAAGUCAGGCAGGUGUUGUCAGGAAAUAUUCGGUGUUACUAUUUUCCUCUUCCUACCCAGUUAGGUGCCUGGGUAACUGUUAACAGUGUCCUCCCUGGCCUCCCAGGCUCUGUUCUCAACUGGCUCCAUCCUCACUCUGUUGUUCUUCCUUAAAGCAUUACAUGCCACUUCGUUGCUCAAACCCCAGGACAACGGCCUGUUGACUACCACAUGUUUUUUUGUUUGUUUUUGUUUUUUAUGUUUAUCUGCUUGGUUUUCAAGGCGCCCACCAAUCUGGCCCCUUCCCAAAUAUCCACACCCUGAUUUUUUCCAUGAAACCCAUUCCUACCCCAAAAAGAAAGAUAGUUUUGCAAAUGCAUCCUUCCCCGUUAGCUCUUGCUUCCUACCUAAAUUGGAAUAGUCCCCUAUGGAAAUCCUACCUGUCUUAUUUAGGAAUCCUUCUCUCACUGCCAGGGACUUCACUGGUUUUUCUUGGAUUCUAACUUUGCACAGCAAAGACCUCAGCCUUUAGGUGGUGUCUCCGAAGGCCAUGGAAUCCUCCGCAGAGCCUGGGGGGCCUUUGCCUAAGUACUGCAGCGUGGCCACCACCCUGGAGGCCCCCGCCUGGGCCGGCGCUGCUCCUCCCUGGGGCCUGUCCUUCAGCUGCCCCUUUGCCCUCCAAGCACCCUGGCUCACCUGGCACAGCCCUCUCACCAGAUGUGCAUCAUAUCAACCGUGUCUCCCCCCUGCUGACCUGGCCCAGCAGGGGCCCGGCAGGCUGAGGGGAGUUGGAGAUGCUGCUGGCACAUGGGUCCUGGCAAGAAGGGGACCUGAUGGCUUUUAUUACCGGGCGCAGAUAAAGACUGCUCCAGAGCUGGAGAGGCAGGGGGCUCUGCUUGUGGAAUUUGAGGCUCCCCUUGUCGCAGGCCCAGAGCUGCCAGCCCCACGGCAGAGCGUGGUCUUAGGAGAAGAUGUCAUCCAGUUCUCGCCACCCGAGGAAUACUCACUGCAGCCUGGGGACAAGGUGCUGGCGCCCUGGGAGCCGGACAGACAGCGGUAUGGCCCUGCCACUGUUUUGGGCUUGGAGGCAAGAGGCUCCCAGAGAGCAUCCAAAGAAGAAAUCACCGUCCACUUCUGGAACGGCAGAACAGCCACAGUGCCUCGGGGCGGGGCCUGGGGGGUGCCCCCUGCUGUCUGGAAGAAGGCUGUGGAGCGGCUGCACUGGCCUGUCACCAGCAGGCCCCCCACUACCCUCCUCUGGGCCCCUUGCUGCUCUCUGCUGGGGCCGGGCACUGGAUAUGUCACCCACGGGCUUCCACUGGGCACCCCGUUCCUGUGCCCUCCCUGCCACCCCCGCGCCUGCUGCCAGCUGCUGUGCCAGGGCUGUCCCGGCUGCUGCCCUUUGGCUGGACCCACCUGGUGGCCUCUCACCAGGACCUCGGGGGCCAAGGCCGGAGAACAACCAGAGGCGGAGCUAAAGCCCAAGGUGCAGCCUCUGCCCCUAGAGGCUCCCAAAAAGGAGAAAGUGGCCAUGCAGGCUCCCAUGGCUGUUUCUUCUUCCUCCUCCUCCUCCUCUGAAGAGGAUUUGGAGAAAGAUCUGGAGGCGGGCCUCCCUCAGAGGCUGGUGGUAGACAGCACAGUCACGUCCGACCCCGUUCUUCCUGAGAAGACUCGGAGGAGGCAGGCGGGCCCGGACCAGCCCGAGUGGAGGUAUUGGAGGAGGAACGGGCCUGAGCCGCUUCCUGGGAAGCCAGGCAAAAGAUGCCGCAGCAUCCAGAAAGAAGAGAAGGGCCACAGGCAGCAGGGAGCACAAAUGGCAGUAGUGGGGAAUACCAAGGAGCUGGUCCUGGAAGCAGCCAACGCAAAGCCUCUACAGACCCUGCCAGACACAGCGGAACACAGGAAACUGAGUCAGAGGACCACUGUGAUUCAUCAGAGACACCGGAAGGCCUUCGACUAAAAGCCCUGAGGAUCUAGGAAGCAAAGGAGAGUGAAUACCUGAGGAAGAGUUACAAAGUGGCUGGCACAGCCUUCAGUGGUAGAGUGCAGGCCACAGAUGGCAGUCGCAUAAGCAGCAGCAUCUUCACCCCUUUAAGACUUCCCUGCAGACGGGCACAGGAAGGCACCUGUCCUAAGAGCCACAGGAGUGCUGCCGGCCCGGCCAGGUCUCCCUGCCUGGUGAGAUGAGCGUGAGAAUGCUGUUCCACAGAAGUCACAGGUCGUGGUCAGCCUGUUUUGGGCAAGUGUAUCCACAGCCUCUCUGCCAUCUUUUCAUAAAGCCUACAGUUGUACAUGAAUGACAUUUUGUUGCUCUUAAUACCAAUAAAAAGGAAUUCUCUUUA